UCUUUACCCUAUCUUCCAGAACCUACACCAGAAACAUCGUCAGAUAUAGAAACUCAAUCUCCAGAGGCGCCUCCACCAAGAACACAAAGCGCACCCCCAUCUGAAACACUUCCGCUAGAGACGCCCCAAACAAAUGACACAAAUAGUUCACGAGCUAAGAAAAUAACUGCUGACAGCAAAAUGGGAUUUACGCCCAAACAUUUAAAGUUAUUUGCAAGCAUAGAAACAGAGGAACUGCAAGGAAACGUCCAGAUAUUGAAUUCACCACAUUAUUCCAUUAUUAGUUCCGAAGACUCCGUCUGCUAUGCAGUACCCAUUCUACAUGUAACUAAUUUUGGAGCAUUUAUCUGA